AUGGUAACCCAUUAUAAAGUGGGCAUUCAGUCAUUUGAGCUCAUUAUCUUUGCAAUUUUUAUUUUAGUGUGGAGUACAUUUUUAAGGAAUAUAAAAAGAAAAAAUAAACAUUUUUUUUUUUUUUUAUGUAAUGAGCAAGAUAUUCUUCUCCAUCAACAGGAAGCCCUUGGGGAUAUUGUGUAUGCUCAGCUCCCAGAGGUUGACUCUGAAUAUGAACAAAUGGAUGAAUGUGGUGCUUUAGAAAGUGUAAAAGCUGCCAGUGAGUUGUACUGCCCAGUGAGUGGAAAAGUAACUGAAGUUAACUCAGCAGUUGAAGACCAGCCGGCACUGAUUAACCAGAGCUGUUAUGAUAAAGGUAAAUUAUGGACUUUUCAUGGUCACCAGAGUGGCCUCUUGACUUAACUGUAAGGAAAUGCAUAUAAGCAGACAAUU